UUCUUCUUGAAUCACAAAGAAGCCUUCCGAACACAUCUGAGUUGCAAAGUUUGGUUCUGAUGUAGGCAUGGAUAGUCUACUCACUCCUGUGAGUACUUCUUACAAGAACCAGGAACAAAACCCCCCCGAUGCUUUAGUCGAAGUUUUCAAGCCAGUCGCAAAGUCGCAAGCUCCUUCUCAAGUAGGAACACCGGUUGAAGCUUUGGAGAUACUGCGGAAUGAGCCCGACUAUGAAACGUUAGUCUUAACGUUAAAUUAUCUGGAUGAAAAUACUGAAGGGUUUGUUGUCACAUCUCCGAGUCCACUUGCAGCUCAGAUAGUCAAUGCCCUGGUCUCAGAUGUCGUUCCUACUUACUGGGUCAUCUUCCACGAGCCACGCAAGGCAAAGAGCUCAGAAGUCGCACCAAGAGGGAAGCUGAAGUCUUCAUCCGAGCUCGAGCUUCUCCUGUCCUGUCUUCGGAGUGUGACAGGUUUGAACGCAAUCUUGCUACGGUUGAAGCAACAUAUCCAGGAAGCCAAGGCUCGCAAGAAGGAAGUUGGCGGGCAUAAUGUUCAAGACAGCUUGAGCAUACUGGUUCAACUUCUACAAGCUCUUCUCCAAGGUUCCAAGACGGUCUAUAUGUUUUGGAUGCAAAUUUGUAAAAGCAGUGAUGCGGUUGCAAAGCAGAAAGCCGUGUGGAAUGAGCUCCUAAGUGCAAUAGCAGGGGGCAAACUUUUAGGCAUUGCUGCUGAAGCCGAAGAUGUUAUCAACGACCUGAGUAAAAGUGUCCAGGAGAGGAGCUGGGCAGCAGAUGGCAAGCAAUAUGGCCUCUGGCUUGCUCAAAACAUUUCUUACUGGGCAAAGAAAGCAUCUCCAACAUCUGAAAACGGAUGGAGCAAUUGUGGAGAGUUGUUGGGGAAAUCACUGCGUCUAGGAUACUCAGACACUAUCGUCAAGGAGCUUCUGACUUCACUGGCACUCGGCGACGCUAAAUACCAACCUCACCUUGAGAAACUACUAGAAAGCCUCUCCAACAUCGAACAACGGAAUGUACUUUACACGGUCUUGAAUCUUCUUUCCCGAGACUAUCUAUCAGCGGCCAUUCCCACUGAGGAUAACUCAGAGUGGUGGCAAUCAGAUUCGAGGGCAAUCUCCGCAGCCGCAGGUCUGAUUACUGCGGUAAUCGCCAAGGCAGAAACCAGGAAAGCCAACCUGGUUUCUUGGUUAACCAAUUCCUCUGGAGCUGGCGUUGGAGAAGGGAUUGCUAUUCGUCGUGCUGCCUUGGUAACCAUAGCUGAGAGCAAGUCUGAUGUAGAAUCAGUAUUUGACAAAAGUCUUUCCCAGUUUGGUAACAAAUUGUAUAUCAAACAUACUCCCACAUUACAACAAGAAGUUCAUGCUCAAGUUCUUUUGCUGGCAGCUGGCUAUGUCCACCGAACGGCACCGCUGCGUCUCACAAUGAUGAUGAGAUCGGGCAGCCAUCUUGGCGUAGUCUCAAAUAGACUUGCUGCAUCAUCUCCUCGUGCCAGGUUUCUUGGCAUGGUUGUGGGUGAAGCUCUUUCCAGCCUUGUAGACAAGGGAGACAAGCGAAUGGAUUUCAAAAUUGAUGAGAUGACCACUUCAGAAGCGAAAUGGUUCAAAAGCUUGGUCCAUGUUAAGGAUAUGAUAGGACCCAUUCAGGGUCUGAUAGAUGGAUCCUUGACGAAGACAUCUACGCCCAAAAAGGCUCAAGCUCACAAACCAACAUCGAAGCCGACAUCAGCGCCUACAGGAUCCAAGAUUGUUGCGAUUGAAGAGAUCGAAGACGAUGACGACGAUGAGGAACAGGAGUCAGAUGACGAUGGCUUGGUACCAUAUCAGAAACUAGAUUCCGAUGUUGAGGAUUCGGACGAAGAUGCGACCCUAGUUACUCGUAACAAGCCUACAGCCCCAGUCUAUGUCCGUGAUUUGAUCACAUACUUACGAGACACGGAAAACUACGACCGACAGAAACUAGCUUUAUCAACAGCAGCACCACUGAUCCGACGGAAAGCCAACUUUGGUACAGAAGUCUCGUCUCACGCCCAAGAAUUAGCUACACUACUCCUAGGCCUUCAAGAUAAGUAUGAGAUUGAAAAUUUCCAAGACAUGAGAAUACAAGGCAUGAUUGCCAUUCUCAUCGCCUUACCUCUCAAGAUGGGACAAUGGUACUCUAAGACCUUCUUCGAUGGCGACUACUCUCUCUCUCAGAGAGCCUCCGUACUCACUACCCUAGGCCUUGGCGCUCGCGAACUAGGAGGUUUCGGUUCGGAAGAUGAAGCUCUCACCGCUACUUCCAAAGCUAUUCCCAAUGCCUCAUUUCCGUCCAAGACUCUCCCAGCAAGCAUGCACAAAAUCUACGCCGCUCCUUCACCCACACACAAAGGACCCCCGUCUGCACUCGACUCUCUAUCAACACAACUCACCAACACGAUGAUAGCACCCAUGGCCGCCACCCUAGCAGACAAAAUAACCGGUCCCUCCAUUCUCAAAAUUCGCACCUUCAGCUCGCGUAUGGCGGUCGAGAAGAAACGGAAGAAGCCCAUCGCCAACAGCCUCGCCAAAGUGGUCGCAGAUGGGUUCUUCUUCCCUCUGACCGGGCGCUUCUUCAUUUACCUCAAAGCUUAUGGAUCAUCAAGUUCAAACGUCAUAUUCCAGCCUUAUCUCCUUUCUUUGUUCAUCAAGACGUUAUCGUUACUGUUACAUGCUAGUGGACCGAAUACGUUGAGCCUACCACAGAUGACGGCUGAGUUCUGGGAUUUGUUGCUGGGGCUGAGGAUGCAGGGUGUGGGAGAUAUUGUGGUUAUGGAGGCGUUGUUGUUUGGGUUCAUGACUAUACUUGAGUUGAAUGAGGAUAAGAGACGGCUGGUUGAUGCUCACGGUCGGCAGAUGUUGGAGACGCAAGAGUGGGUUGAGGGUGUAUUUGGAAGGGUUGGAGCUGGUGGAAGUGAGGAGGAUGAGAGAGUUAGAAUGUUAGCUGCGGGCGUGCUGGUCAGGAUUAGAGAGAUUGUAGAGAAGUACCAGGCUUUGCUCAUGGGAGAUCUUGCUAGCUUCUGAUGAGGCCUAGGUAGUAGCAAGUUGUAAUCACGAUAAUGGCUCAUAGUCUUUGAAAUGGUAUCAUCAUUGAAAUGUGUCUGCCAGCUGGUCAUGUCCAGCUACAAACGCCGCGCUAUGAUUUCGUAG